GGUUGACAUUCCACUCAUUUAAUGACAUGUGUCCAAUUUUUUUUAAUGUUGAAGGCAUGGCGUUAAAGAUGCUCUAACACCCUUCGACACCCAAUCCAAAGCAAAUAAACUGGUGUCGAGUAUUCAUGGCUGCCCAAGACUCCAAGUGGCAGUUUCGAAUGGCGAAAAAAUCGAUCGAGGCCGAUUACGGGGAGAUGUCUGUGGUUACCAAUGGACCAGCCGUGGAACUAAAUAAAAUAAAGAGGAGGUUGAAGGAGAUGGAAGACGAGCAGGCGGCUCAGGAACUAAAUAAAAUAAAGAAGAGGUUGAAGGAGAUGGAAGAAGAGCAGGCGGCUCUCCGCGAAUUGCAGGCCAAAGUCGAGAGCGAACUUAUUCACAAAAAGAAAGUCGAGAACGAAAUGGGUGCCGUGCAAGACCCUGAAACCGAUGCUGCUGACCAGACUGAUAAGGAAGAAGUGGAUGCUCGUUCUAUCUUUGUUGGCAAUGUGGAUUAUGAAUGCACUCCUGAGGAAAUACAACAGCAUUUCGUGUCAUGUGGUACAGUUAAUAGGGUUACUGUUAGGACUGACAAGCUUGGAAAGCCAAAGGGAUAUGCAUUUGUUGAAUUUGUUGAGCAAGAAUCUGUUCACGAGGCUCUUCUUCUAAAUGGAUCUGAGCUUCACGGACGCCAGCUUAAGGUAAAAGGCAAACGAACUAAUAUUCCGGGCAUGAACCAGCUGUGUGUAGCUCCUUGUUUGUGCUUCCAGGGCCAUGCACCAUGUGAAGCAGUUCUGGGCAAGAAGCAGCGGCGUGCAUAUCCUUGUUUGUGCUUUCAAGGCCAUGCACCAUGUGUAGCAGUUCCGGGCAAGAAGAAGCGGCGUGCAAAUCCUUGUUUGUGCUUUGGGGGCCACACACCAUGUGUAGCAGCUCCAUUUUACUUUCAUCCAUAUGGUUACGGAAAGGUACCCAGGUCCAAAACUCUCAUGCGAUACAACCCCUACUUGUGAAUCUUGUGAUUUUGGGAGAUGAUGAAAAAAGGAGCAUGCCAUUGAAAGCUGUCUAGUGCUUGUUCAUUUCCAAUUUAUAAUUGAGCUUUGGACAGUCUUGUGUAAUUAGGUGGGCAGUGUAACUUUGAUGAUAUUUGUUAAACACCUCGCUUGAGUUCCAUCUUCACAUGUUACAAUGUCAGUCUUCCUUUGGUAUAUUCACAUGCUACAAUGUUAUAAGCGGUGGACUGGUAGGCAGGGCAACUUAGAUGUUUUUACUUGGACUUUAAUUUGCUGGUCUGGUCUGAUCUGGUCAGGUCUGGUCUGGUAAGGUCUGGUUUCUUUGUAUUUUUAUAACUAUCCAAGUCUGGUCUGAACUGAUCUGGUCUGGUCUGGGGCAAAUUACAGUCCAAGUAAAAACAUCCUUAGGUCAUCACUAAUAGCAAUUCUAGUGAUCAUGGUCGUUCAAGUGUUGUGCUGGUAUACUUGUAGUAUUUCAGUUGCAUUUUCGUUCAUUAAUUUUACGAAGUAUAUCAUUAAUACAUAAUAUGUAAGAAA